AUGGCCGACAGUGAAGACGAAUUCGACAUGGCAAUUCCGAAGCGACGAUUUGUGGUCAACGUUCCGAAAACCCGCCGGACUUACUGCAAGGGCAAGGAGUGCAAGAAGCACACCCAGCACAAGGUCACCCAGUACAAGGCUGGCAAGGCCUCCCUGUUCGCCCAGGGUAAGCGUCGUUAUGAUCGGAAGCAGAGCGGUUACGGUGGUCAGACCAAGCCCGUCUUCCACAAGAAGGCCAAGACCACCAAGAAGAUCGUUCUCCGUCUCGAGUGCACUGCUUGCAAGCAGAAGAAGCAGCUCUCCCUGAAGCGCUGCAAGCACUUCGAGCUUGGUGGUGACAAGAAGACCAAGGGUGCUGCUCUUGUCUUCUAA